GCUGGCUCAGGCGAUUCCUCCUCCCCAUCUAGCUUUCCAAACGCCAAAGUCCCUCUGUGCUUCAACAACCAUGAACACAAGAAACCGCAGCUCCAUGGCUCCUUCCCCUGCCGGCGGGCGGCCAUGCGUACGGACAGAAGACCAAAGAUUUGGCUUCGAUACACCCUGAUCUGCCCCGGUCCAUUCAGAUUUGAGGGAAGGGAAAAUCUCCCUUGGUUUCUGGGUGAAUUGAGCCGGAUUGGAGAUGUAUAAAAGCAAAGCUCUAUGGCUGAGAUGCACCGCGGUGGUCUGUGCACGCCGACGGAUGGCGGGGCCCGAGAUCACCGCAGUUCUGGCUCCGGAGCUGAGCCUCUUCAGAUCUUCCGAUCCCUCGGCAGGCAAAGACGGAUCGGGGCAGCUCCCGGAGUGGAGCUAGCGGAUCUGCCCGGACCCGACCCGACCCGACCCUCCAACUGGUGAGACCGUGGCCCGGGAUCGGGGCUGCGGGACCUGCCCAAUCCUCCCGACUCUCUGCCUGGAGAUUUUAGCCCGGCCCGCAUCCGGCCUCCAAUCCCGUGGGCCGUGGCCCUUGCGCCCGGCGUAAUCCAUUUUUUGGGACUGAAAUGCCCAACACGCCGCUAGUCGACCGUUGGUUCGCACCACACACCCAAGCCACAACCUCCUCGGAGCGCACAGACCGAGGCGACGAACGCGCCGCGAUCCGCGAGGUCUCCGCCGCCCACCCCCGCGGCCCCGCGCCGCCCUGCUCCUCCCGCCGCAAUGGUGAAGGAGAAGAGCCAUCUGAAUAUUGUGGUCAUAGGCCAUGUCAACUCUGGGAAGUCGACCACCACGGGCCAUUUGAUAUGCUUGCUUGGGGGCGUUGACAGGCUUGCAAUUGAGAGGCUCGAGAAGGAAGCUGCUGAGAUGAAUAAGAGGUCAUUCAAGUACGCGUGGGUGCUUGACAAGCUCAAGGCUGAGCGGGAGAGGGGUAAUACCAUUGACAUCACACUCUCGAAGUUCGAGACCACCAACUACCUCUGCACGGUUAUUGAUGCCCCUGGUCACCGCGACUUCAUCAAGAACAUGAUAGUACCUCCCAGGCUGACUGUGCUGUUCUCAUCAUUGACUCGACCAUUGGUGGUUUUGAGUCUGGUUUCUCCCAGGAUGGGCAGACCCGUGAGCAUGCUCUCCUUGCUUUCACUCUUGGAGUGAAGGAGAUGAUCUGCUGCUGCAACAAGGUAUGCCCUAUUGAAAACUCUUUAUAUGACAAGCAUUUUACCAUAUGUUGUAACUAUGAUACGUCUCAGCUGCCAUCAACACUUCCAUGUUUUACGUUAUCUAUGCGCAAAAGCACCAGACAUGUAAUGUUGCAGUUAUUUUACCUUGACUGGCUGUUCCAUUUGUACUUAAGAUUAGCCAGAUACCUGAAAUGAUCUGUCUGUAUAACAUAAUUGAUCUGUAUAGUCUUGGAAUAUCUGCCUUGUUGCCUUAUAAAUUACAAGUUUCAUUGUCAUUCAACUGCUAGCGGCAGAUAAUUUCUUGAUAUGUGGGUGUGCUUAUGUUUAAAUUAUGUCCGUUGGCCAUUAAUUUUGUUCCAUAUGUUGUAUAGGGUUGCAAUUUUCACUUUUAUCUAACUAAUGUGAAUUUUCUGCUUCUUUGUUCGACACGGAUCAAUAUAUCCUGAAGUAGAUUAGUUAGGUUUCUGGAAAAGCAAGAUGGUCAUGCAAGAUGUGCUUCGUUGCCUUGAAAUUCGCAAGUUUUGUUGAGCUAAAGAGAAUGUUGUCCAUCUCUGUUCAGAUGGAUGCCACUACUCUUGUUUACUGCAAGCUUAUGUUUAAAUUAUGUUCUUCGGCCAUUAAGUUUGUUCCAUGUUGUAGUCCUGGAAAUGGUUUCCAUCUCUCUUGGUUGUAUGGGUUACAGUUUUCAGUUUAAUCUAACUAAUGGAACAUUCUGCUUGUC